AUGAGUUUGUACGCGCGGUUAGGAGCCACCAGACCAGCUGUAACAGAGAUAUCCGACUUUACAGACCCUACUACUGGGGAGACAGUUGAUGUGAAGCGGAGUGAUUUUAUCCACGAUAGCAGUGGGAAAAGAGGCGAGUCAAGCUGGGGCACUGUUUAUGAAGCUGAAUACAGAGAUGACCGUUAUGCUAUCAAAAAGAUAGACAGGAUAGAUUUCGAUGACGAAAGCAAUCGCCCAAAGCUUGCGUUUAAGAGGGAAAUGGACUUUUUGAAGGAAGCAACUGGGUGGAAGUGCCCAAAUAUAGUUCGGUUUCAUGGCUACAUUCAGUUUUCCAAAUCAGCCUGGCUGAUCCUAGAUCUUAUGGACAAAGACUUAUUAGAAAUCAUGCGCAGAGAUAACUUCUAUUCAGAUUUAGCAAGGUUGAAUGUUGAAGAGCGAACUUGUUUAGGAUACAUGAUGCUGAGAGACAUUAGCAAUGGAUUACGGUUGGCUCACGGGGCCUAUCGUCAGGGUAGAGCGUACAUGCACCGAGACAUCAAACCAAACAACAUCAUGGUGAAAUGCAAGGAACGGCGGCUGGCCAUCAUCGACUUCGGUUCUACCAAAGAAAUAUCCAAGGAAGAACUUAAGAUCCACUCAGUUGCGGCCGGUCAUCAACUGUAUCUUGCACCCGAAUGUAUGGUGGGUCCUGCCACUUAUAAUGAGUUAGUUGAUAUCUGGUCUCUGGGGAUUACCAUCAUUCGUUUCUUUUCUGGAAAGCACCCGAUAUACGAUGACAGUGCCGACCAAGCCUCUUCCAGCAACGACCAUCAGAAAAAUUGUGAAAUAUACUGUAGAAUCCUUGGUGAGGAUAUCGAUGGUGAUAAAUACGACUGGCCUAUUCAGCUAGUUUCAGAUGAACUGGAUCAAGACUUCACAAGACUAAUUAACCGGUGUGUUGAUAGGGUUCCAUCUCAGCGCCCCUCUGCUCAGGAUAUCUACAAUAUUGCUUCACCAGUAGUCAAUCGAAUGGAUCCUAAUCUUGCUGUUAGCUUGUUUGACAAGUUUUUUUGUAGCUAA